GUGUCGGUUGAGCGGCCAUUGUCAUAGUUUGUGGUUAUAAGGCAAUGCUUUUGUGUAGAAGAGUAGCAUGGCUUCCAACUUACUUGUGCUGCUUGUCCUCGUUGCUUUUAGUGCAUUUCGCAAAGCUGAUGGCAAGCUUUCCCCAGAAUACUACUCGUGCAAAUGCCCUAAAGCCUCAUCCAUUGUUGAGGCAGAAGUUAGAGCAGCCAUAAACAAGGAAACACGUAUUGGGGCUUCUUUACUCCGCUUGCAUUUCCAUGAUUGCUUUGUAAAUGGCUGUGACGCAUCAGUACUGUUGGAUGAUACGGGCAGCUUUGUAGGAGAGAAGACAGCAAACCCCAACAAAAACUCGCUUAGAGGAUUCAAUGUAGUUGAUGACAUCAAAGCCAAGCUAGAGAAGGCAUGCCCUGGAGUGGUGUCCUGUGCUGAUAUUCUUGCUCUGGCUGCUCGAGACUCCACUGUUUGUUUAGGUGGUCCUUCUUGGAAAGUUGGGCUGGGAAGAAGAGAUUCAGUUACUGCUAACAUGACUGCCGCCAACACGUUUAUCCCUUCACCUGCUUCCAACCUAAGUGCUCUCGUCUCAAGCUUCGCUGUACAGGGACUCUCAUUUAAGAACAUGGUAGCUCUUUCAGGUUCACACACCAUUGGCCGGGCUAGAUGUAUAUCAUUCAGACCACGCAUAUAUACUGAGAGCAGCAUUGAUUCCUCCUUCGCCAAGUCACUGCAGCGCAAUUGCCCAGUAAGCGGCAAUGACAACAAGCUUGCGCCCCUUGACGUCCGAACCUCGACCCAUUUUGAUAUUCAGUAUUUUAGGAAUUUGUUGAAUAAAAAGGGUCUUCUUCAUUCAGAUCAGGAGCUCUAUAAUGGCACUUCUGCUGAUUCUCUGGUUAAAAAAUAUUCUACCGACACUACAGUAUUUUUCAGGGACUUUGCCCGGGCUAUGGUUAAAAUGGGCAAAAUCAAGCCUCUCACAGGAAGCAAAGGAGAGGUCAGAAUCAAUUGCAGAAAAGUCAAUUAGCUAGAUAGUAUUUGUGUAUAAAAUUAUUAUAAAGUCCGAGUACAUGUAAAAUAAGUACCAUUUUCUGUCCAAAAUUAUGUGCUAUCUAUCUUAUUCUUGGCAGAUGCCUAUGUUUAUCAAUAAAACACCUAGUUUAUGCGAUGGAGAUCAUCAUCAAAUGUAAGUUGUCGCCUUCAAAUUGAUACUUUCUGUCAUAGGAAGUGCAUCAGUGCAU